AUUACUAUUCAAGGAUUCAAGUCUUACAAAGACCAAACAACUUUUGAUCCUUUUAGUCCUCAUCAUAAUGUCAUUGUGGGACGCAACGGAUCCGGGAAAAGUAACUUUUUCUCAGCUAUUCGUUUUGUGUUAGGUGAUGCUUAUACAAGUCUUAGCAAAGAAGACCGUCAAGCACUUUUACACGAUGGUGUUGGGGCUGCUACCAUAUCUGCUUAUGUAGAAAUCACUCUAGAUAAUACGGACAAUCGACUACCUAUUGACAAAGCUGAAGUCACAUUACGAAGAAGUAUUGGAUUAUCAUUGGAUGAAUACUCGAUGGAUGGAAAAGCUAUCACGAAAUCCGAUGUCAAAAAUUUGUUUGAAAGUAUUGGUCUUUCUAGUGCAAACCCUUAUUUUGUUGUACCACAAGGAAAAAUAAACGCGUUAACAGUUGCUAAAGAUAAGGAUCGACUAGAACUUCUCAAAGAUAUUGCUGGUACUAGUGUUUAUGAAGAAAAACGAAAAGAAAGUACAAAUGUUAUGCAAGAAACAGACACCAAACGUGCCAAGAUCGGGGAAGUGCUCGAAUACAUACAAGAUCGUCUUAAUCAACUUGAAGAAGAAAAGGAUGAGUUAUCACAGUUCCAAACAGUAGAUCGCGAUCGACGUUCUUUAGAGUACACCAUCUAUGCUCGUGAACAAAGUGACACAAAUGAUAAGCUAGAGGAAUUGGAAAAUACCCGUCGACAGGAUUUGGAAAUUCGUGACUCAAAACGUGAUGAUUACAAUGAUAAUGAAUCCUCUCUUAAUCAAUUGGAAAUCAAAAUGCGGGAUCUUACUCAGUCAAUUCAAGCUCAUGAAAUGGAUAAGAACGAACUACAAGAUGAACUAGAAGAUCUCAUGAAGCUACGAACUCAAUUGGAAUUGCAAAUCAAAGACUUGGAAGACGAUCAACUUUCAGAAUCUGAUCUUAAGGAUAAGAUAGCCACACAAAUAGAUCAACUCAAUAGCGAGAUUAUCAAUAAAGAACAACAUAUAGCUGAAAUCAACCCUCGUUAUCAAGAUCUACUGAAAUCGGACAAAUCUUUAAGAGAACAAUUGGAUACACUCAAGAUUCAAUUGGAAGGUUUAUAUGCCAAACAAGCCCGUCUUUCUCAAUUUGGAAGCCGUAAUGAACGUGAUCAGUGGUUACAAAGUCAAAUCGGGGAACUUUCAUCACUCUUCAAUGAUCUUGAACAAAAAGCUCAAACAUUGAUGGAUGAAAAGGAAGCUGCCAAGGAACAUUUAUUACAGAAAACUCAACAAAUUCAAGACAUUCAAGACAAGGUCACUGAACAACGAUCUACAAAGGAAAAGCUUUUAGAGGAAGAAGCUCAACUCAAACAAGAACGGGAUCAACUAACAGAGUCAAGAAAAACCUUGUGGCGUGAAGAAGCUGGCCUCGAUACUGUUGUUCUCAAUUGCAAAAAUGAAAUCCACAAGGCAGAACGUGCAUUAUCUGGAUCUAUGGACAAGAACACUAGUAUUGGACUUGCUACUAUUAGUCGAAUUACAAAAGAGCACAAUAUUCAAGGUGUCUUUGGACCUUUAUAUGAACUUUUUGAAGUGGAUGAUCGAUUCAAAACUGCUGUUGAAGUAGCUGCUGGAGCAAGUACCAAUGAUGCCAUUCCAUUGAUUGAAAAGCUUCAAUUUGAUCCCAAAUAUCGAAAAGCAUUUGAACAGAUAUUUGCCCGGAUUAUAGUUUGUCCCAACCUUGACGUCGCAGCCAAUUAUGCCAAAUCGCGUGGAUUUACAGUAGUGACUCUGAAUGGUGACCGGGUGGAUGGAAGAGGUGCUUUCUCUGGUGGAUACACUGAUUUUCGACAUUCAAGAUUAGAAUCUGCCAGGACAUUGAAGACUCAACGUGAAGCUUUGGAACAUCAUCUUACUCGUGGAAAAACUAUCAAGACAGAAGUGGAAACAUUAAAUCAACAAGUGACACAAAUAUUGAGUUCACUGCAGCUGGUGGAAACUAAGAAGAAGAAAAUUCAAGUCCAAGAAGCACCUGCAGAAUUGAUCAGCCGAUUAAGAAAGGAAGAAGAUUAUUUCAACAAAAUGAUCCAAUCCAAGGAUGUCUCGUUAGAAGAAGUACAGACAAGUAUCUCUCAUUUGAAGCAACAAAUAGCAAGUUAUGAGUUGGAAUUACAAUCAGAACCUACACAAUCCUUAUCAGUAGAAGAACAGGCGCUUGUAGUUAAUACUCGAUCUAGUAUGGAAGAAAUCCGACAACAACUAUCUCAAAUUAGUGAGGCCAAAAUGACGGUGGAGAAAGAAAUCAAUGGUUUGAAGGAUAUGUUGGAAAAUGAUUUGAAGCGACGAUUGGAUAGAUUACUGAAUAGACGAAACCAUAUCAAUGCCGAUACAUCAUCUGAAGAAUUAACUCAACGAACUAAAGAACACAAGGCAAAAUUGGAGAAACACCUUGAACGUUAUCUAUACCGACGAUCUAUUUUACACCAAAAGAAAGAAGAAUGUAAUGCCAAUAUUCGUGAUUUAGGUGUAUUACCGGAUGAUGCCUACGACAAAUUUACAGGAUUGACAGUGGAAAAGCUACUUCGACGAUUACACAAAGCUAAUGAAAGUUUGAAGAAAUACAGCCAUGUGAACAAGAAGGCAUUUGAACAGUAUACACGGUUUACCAAGCAACGGGAUCAACUUAUCACUCGUAAAUCUGAACUGGACAAUUCUGCCUUGGCCAUCCGUGCAUUGAUUGAUUCUUUGGAUAGAAGAAAGAAUGAAGCUAUUGAACGUACAUUCAAUGAGGUAGCCGCCAACUUUACGGAGGUAUUUGAAACUUUGGUUCCUGCAGGUCAUGGUGAAUUAGUGAUGGAUCGAUUAUUACAAACAGCUGAUGAUGAUGUAAUGGAUAUGGAUGAAAGUAGUACUCCAAAAAUGGUCGAAAGGUAUACUGGUAUUGCCAUCAAGGUGUCAUUCAAUAGUCAGUCAGAUGAAGGGAUGAUUAUGCAACAGCUUUCCGGUGGACAGAAAUCACUUGUAGCCUUGGCACUUAUUUUUGCUAUUCAAAAAUGCGACCCAGCACCGUUUUAUUUAUUUGAUGAAAUCGAUGCUAAUUUAGAUAUGCAAUAUCGUACGGCGGUGGCUGAAAUGAUCCAUUCUCUUUCUAAACAAGCUCAAUUCAUCACUACCACUUUCCGACCUGAACUCUUAGCCGAAGCCGACAAAUUUUAUGGUGUCACAUUCCAAAAUAAGGUGUCACGCAUUCAUGCUAUUGCCAAAGAAUAUGCAUUGGGUUUUGUGGAAGAAGUAAGUCCAAAAAAGGGUAGGGAUGAAAAAGGUUAG